CCUCUUCUAUUGUCAUGGGUACCGGAAUCAAACAAGACCAAGGGUGAUCCAUAUUGCCUCCUUUGCUAUUUCAAACCCUAAAAAGUCCUGGACACGGUUGGACCUCCAACAUGACCCUUGCCCUAAGGAAAGCUAGAAAGGCAACUUACGAUCAGAACAAUGAGUUUACCGGCAAGUGGCAAAAAUGUGGUCAACUUUUUAUCAUUCCAUUGGUGCUAUUCAGUUUAAGUCUGGCUGUAUGGGCCACCUACUACGUAGCAAUGAAUGAAUCCAACGGGCCUUAUCAAGUAAAUGGCCAAUGGGAGAAAUGGAUGUCAUGGUCCAGUUGCUCCGAAAGUUGUGGAGGAGGUGUUAUGACCCGCUCAAGGCUAUGUGCCAAUCCCUUUCCAAAAGGAGGAGGCCAAUUUUGUGAAGAUCCAAUGACAGAAACCAGGCCAUGUAACUCGUUUAUAUGUGAUAAAACCUCGCAAAUAGACCAAGUAACGGGUCGCCUUGAUUCUUGGCUGGAGUGGAGUCAAUGCUCCAAGGAUUGUGGAGGAGGGAUUCGGAACCGCACUAGACACUGCAUUGGUCCCAUGGGGGCACAAUGCCACGCUGCCACUUUGCAACAAGAACACUGCAACUCUCACAUUUGCCCUAUUAUCGGUUACUGGACCAUCUGGAGUUCAUGGACUUUGUGCACUAAGACUUGCGACUCUGGGAAACGUUUCCGUUACCGCGAGUGCACGAAACCGCAAUUGCCAAGUGGAGAGCAUUCCUGCCAAGGUAUAGCUGAAGACGAGAUGUACUGUAGUGUCUGGUCUUGCCCUCAAGAUGGACAAUGGACUGAAUGGAUCGAGUGGACGGAUUGUACAGCCACUUGUGGAGGUGGAUAUCGGCAAAGGUCCCGAACCUGUGACGAUCCUAGUCCGAGUCUAGGUGGCAUAUAUUGUACAGGAGAGGCAUUCGAACUUGGUCUGUGUGGGGCAGGACUCUGUGAAUAGAAUAGAAUUGGAUCGAAAAACUUGCACAUAACUAUCUUUGCAAUUCGUUUGCCAAUAUACUUAUAUAUUUCUUUGA